AUGUUCAAGAACUUGGUAACCACGAUCAGCAAAAAUCGCUCCUUCGGUAUACGGUACAUUUCAACUCGAUCAGAAACUAUUUAUGCGUUGUCCUCAUCUCCCGGGAAAGCUGGUGUUGCAGUUAUCCGUAUAUCAGGCAAAAAUGCUUUAGAGGCAAUCAAUAAGAUGACCUUUCCUUCGAAAAAACCAAUAGAGCAAAUGAAUACUGAACCGCGUAGGGCGUACUUCAGACGAAUCCGUCACCCUCAAACUGGAGAAGUAUUGGAUAAAGGUCUUGUAUUAUGGUUUCCAGGGCCUCACAGCUUUACUGGGGAGGAUUCUGCAGAAUUCCAAAUUCAUGGCGGUACUGCAGUUGUCCAAAGUGUAUUGAACGCACUACAUGGCUUACCCGACUUUCGAAUGGCUGAGCAAGGUGAAUUCUCGAAAAGGGCUUUCGAUAAUGAUAAAGUUGAUUUGACAGAAUUAGAAGGGUUAGCCGAUUUAUUGAAUGCUGAAACGGAAAUGCAAAGACGACUAGCACUACGGCAAGCGGAAGGUGGUUUAAGAAAGCCAUUUGAAGAUUGGAGGAACCAAAUCAUCAAGUGUAUGGCUAUGACAGAAGCCGUCAUCGAUUUUGGAGAAGAUGAAAACAUUGAAGAUGAUGUUCUGACCGAUGUGAGAAACAGAAUCCAGCAAUUAUAUCAAUCCAUGUCUCUUCACGUAAACGAUAGUCAUGUGGGUGAAAUUGUAAGAAAUGGAGUUCAAAUAGCCAUUAUUGGGCCACCUAAUGCUGGUAAAAGUACGUUCCUCAAUAGACUAGCGAAAAGAGAAGCUGCCAUUGUGUCUGAUAUUCCGGGAACGACCAGGGAUGUGGUAGAAGUCAGGAUGAACCUAGCUGGUUACCCUGUCAUGUUAUGUGACACUGCCGGCCUAAGAGAAUCAUCUGACGUUAUCGAAAUGGAAGGCAUAAAACGAGCAAAAGCAAGGAUACAAUCAGCGGAUAUCAAGGUUUGUCUGCUACCAUUGGAUACCCCACUAUCAAUAGACUCUGUAAUUCGGGAAGUUAUAGAUGACGAUACUUACAUAAUCCUUAAUAAAGAAGAUAUUACAACGAACAGCGAUGAGAAUUUGCUUACGGCUUAUAAGAGUAAACUACUGAAGGAAACGGGCGUGCAGAAGGUUUGGACCGUAAGUAGCAAAACGGGAAAAGGUGUCGAUGUGUUUAUCAAUGAAAUGAUUGACAUCUUAAAAGCAAAAUAUGAUACUUCAUUGGCAAAUCCCAUAAUGAUUACGCAAGCACGGCAUAGAGAACAUUUAGAAGAUUGUUUGAGUAGUCUGAAAGCUUUUUUGAAUAUGCCAGAGGAAGAGUUGGUAUUGUGUGCUGAAGAGCUACGUCAGGCUGCUGAUGCUUUAGGAAGGAUUACUGGCAAAAUUGAUGUUGAAGAUGUUCUAGAUACACUUUUCGGACAGUUUUGUAUAGGAAAAUAAUUUGCAAAAGUCUAUUGUUGGAUGUAUUAUAAAAUCUUGAUGAUGGUCAUAGAAAAACUUAAAAUAAGCAUACAGGUAUGCGAGGACGAGUUUUUCUAAUAAACUGUGUAUUACUGGUACUAAAUAAAGUGCCAUUUAGUUGAAAUAUGCAUAUAAUUCUGCGCGUUCGAAUCCAGCCAAACUUGUGAAAUUAAUACUGUUUAAUUAUUUAUUAU